GGCUACCAAACCGAGCACAAAGCCACAAGAGACAACCCAUCUUCUUCAUCAGAAUUCACAAUCCCAUUACUGCAGUCUACAUCGAGUCUUCAUUUGCCAUGGCAGAAGUGGACAACAAGCAAAUCCUAUUCAAAGGGUACAUAGAGAGAACCCCAGAAGAGACAGACAUGGAAAUCAAGGUUACCAAGAUUAAGCUCGAGGCUCCAAAAGGGUCAGGGGCUUUUCUCGUCAAGAAUCUCUACCUCUCUUGUGACCCUUACAUGAGAGGCCGUAUGCGUGAUGUCCAUGACUCUUAUAUCCCUCCCUUUGUCCCUGGUCAGCCCUUCGAAGGAUUUGGCGUAUCCAAAGUUGUAGAUUCUGAUAAUCCAAAUUUCAAGACUGGCGAUUUAGUUUCAGGGAUUACUGGCUGGGAAGAAUACAGCUUGAUUCACAGAACUGAACAGUUGAGGAAAAUUGAGCCAGAUGAAGAUAUUCCCCUCUCAUACCAUGUUGGUCUUCUUGGUAUGCCAGGUUUUACUUCUUAUGCAGGAUUCUUUGAGGUCUGCACCCCAAAGAAAGGGGAGUAUGUCUUUGUUUCUGCAGCUUCUGGAGCCGUUGGUCAGCUUGUUGGUCAACUUGCCAAGUUGCAUGGUUGCUAUGUAGUUGGAAGUGCUGGCACAAGCCAAAAAAUUGAUCUUUUGAAGAAUAAGCUUGGAUUCGAUGAAGCUUUUAACUACAAGGAAGAACGAGAUCUUGAUGCAGCAUUGAAAAGGUACUUUCCGCAAGGCAUUGACAUCUACUUUGAUAAUGUGGGUGGGGAAAUGCUGGAUGCAGCACUUCUUAACAUGAGGAUUCAUGGCCGGGUUGCCGUUUGUGGGGUGGUGUCCCAGCAUAAUUUCUCAAAGCCGCGAGGGAUUUACAACUGGUUCAAUCUCAUAACAAAGCGCAUCAAGAUGCAGGGAUUCCUGCAACAUGAUUACUUGCAUCUGUACCCAAGCUUCCUGGAACAUGUCAUCGGUAAUUACAAGAAAGGAAAAAUUGUUUUCAUGGAAGACAUGAAUGAAGGCCUGGACAGUGCUCCAGCUACCUUUGUCGGGUUAUUUUAUGGCAAAAAUGUUGGUAAGCAGGUCAUUCGUGUAGCCCAUGAAUGAUUACUGCCUAAUUAAUGUGGUGUACGUGUUCAAAUUGCAAUCAUCAAUCUUCCAUUACUAUGUUAACUGGAUCAUUUUGAAUAAAAAAUGUCGGAUCAUUACUGAGUUUGUA